AAUAAAAAUCUCACAACUGAGAACUUAAUACCAUUACAUUAUUCCGAAAUAAGCACAAUUUAACAAACCGGCAAAUUGUCAACUUGUAAUUCCAAUAAUUGAAAAUGGAUUCGUGUGAUGCCAGAACAAAAAAUGAUGCACCCAAUACAACCUAUUCGUAUACCGGUACCUCGGGCACCAACAAUAAUGAAACACAGAAAUCUUCAGAAACUGAGAAAUUGCCUCUGUUGUUUUCAAAAAGGUUAGCAAUUGUUAUACUACUUUUUGUGGGAAAUAUUACUGCAGUUCUUAUAAAAUAUAACGUGAAUGUUGCUGUGAUCGAUAUGGCCUUCCAGAAGCGAGUCAAACUUGGGAAUGUGACAGUAAUACAACAACCAGAAUUUCCAUGGAAUUCCAAAACAAUUGGAACAGUGAUAAGCCUAACUGCAUAUGGAGCCCUAUUAGUAUUCAUGAGCGGAUUUGUGAUAUCCAAACUCGGUGCAUCAUUAAGCUGUGUUUUAUCUCUGAUGAUGUGUGGUAUCACGACUUUAUUGUACUCGAUCACUUUACACUACAACUUCUAUUCGUUUGUGGCGUGUCGUUUGCUAACAGGCAUAUUCCUGGGCUUCUAUACUCCAUUUUUUCUGGAAAUAUUUUCUCGCUGGGUACCGCAAUGUGAAAGAGUAAGUCUGAUGGCAUUCACUUACAACGGGUUUUUCGUAGGAUUAACGCUCGUUCAUCCUUUUUGUGGGUUUGUAGCUUUCAAGUGGGGAUGGCCCAUGAUAUUUUAUACCACAGGUUCCAUAAGUUUGAUAAUGGCGUUCAUUUUUCUGACCUUGUUGAAAAAUAGUCCAUCCGAAGACAAGUCUAUUUCCAAAAAAGAACUUUUAUACAUACUCGACGGAUUAGAAACAAAAAACUUUACACUGGAGAUUGUUCAUCCAUACAGAAAAGUUGCAACAUCUUCACCAAUUUGGGCACUAUGCAUUGCACUUUUUGUUCACAUGAGUGGCAUAUGCUUUUUGGCGGAUUGUCUCCCUUUGUAUAUCAAAGAUAUCACUGGAAAGAAUGUCGAAGACGUGGGGUUCAUCACAGCUAUUCCUAACAUAGUCAACAUGUUCAUGCUCCUGUUCACUGGUUUCUUGGUCCAAUAUUGGAAAAAUAACAGCAAUAUUCCACCAACUCGGAUGAGUAAAAUAAUAAUGGCCUCCGGAUUCACUAUCGAAAUGUUUUUGUUUUUGGCUCUUACAAUGGUUUCAGAUUUCAUCGCAAUAAUGUUGAUUCUCGUUGCUAUGCGUUUCAUUACGCCACUUAUCAGUUUAAAUACACAAUUGAUCAUGAUCAAUAUAGCUCCAGGUCAUACAGGGAUGAUCGCAGGCAUUGCUGAAUUCUGUUCUCAACUAGCCACUGUACUGACUCAAACUAUUAUUGGUUUCUUGACUGUAAACCGAAGUAUGGAUGAAUGGAAUCGAUGUUUUAUUCUAAUAGCUGGAAUUUGUGCCUUCUCUACUGUUAUAUUUACUUUAUUCGGAUCCAGUGAAGCUCAAGAAUGGGCUUUAGCACCAUCAUCCGAUCACAAAGAUGAUCGUAAUUCUCCCACCUCAUGCAUAAAAACAACCACGAAGUGAUAUUCUGAAGAAAGUGGAGCUCACAAAAUGGAAAUUGGAAACCUGUAGUUCGUUCAAGCAUUACUUUCAUGAUUU